UGCUUAUUAGGAUUAUGUAAAAAUAAGUGUAAUAUAAUAUAAAAAGCAUGAUAAAAAUUAAGUUAAUAAUGCAAUAACGCCCGAAUUUUAUUAUAUCAAGAUGAUCUUUUCCCGAAUAUUUAAGCUAAAACCUCAUAAUUUAUUUUAUAUCAUUAAAACCAAAUACUCCACCAAAAAUGAAAUUAAAAACCACCAAGCCUAUAUUAGAAAUAUAGGUAUUUUGGCUCAUAUUGAUGCUGGCAAAACCACAACAACUGAAAGAAUGUUAUUUUACUCCGGAAGAACAAAUACAUUGGGUGAAGUUCAUCAUGGAAAUACUGUAACAGAUCAUAUGGAUCAGGAACGAAAGAGAGGAAUCACAAUUAGUAGUGCUGCCGUAACAUUCCAAUGGGGGGAUUAUAGAAUAAAUUUGGUAGACACACCAGGACAUAUAGAUUUUACAAUGGAAGUGGAACAAGUAUUAAAUGCAUUAGAUGGUGCAAUUGUUAUCAUGGAUGGAUCUGCAGGUGUUGAGGCACAAACACUCACUGUUUGGAAUCAAGCUGAUCGUAAUAAAUUACCAAGAAUUGUGUUUGUAAAUAAAAUGGAUAGAAGCGAUGCGGAUUUUGUAGCCAGUUGCAAAUCGUUAAUUAACAAAUUAGAUGUGACUCCAUUGCCAUUAUAUCUACCAUAUGUUGACCAGGGCCAAUUAAUAGGAAUAAUAGAUGUUAUAACAUUGCAAAAAAUUGUCUGGGAUAGUUCCAAGUAUGGUCAAACAUAUGAACGUUUAGAAUUAUCAAAAGAUUUAUUAGAUCAAACCAAAGCACAUAGAAUGGAAUUAGUUGAUAAAUUGACUGAAUAUGAUGAUGAGUUAGCUGAACAUGUUAUUUGUAAUGGCACCAUGGAAAACAUUGAUAAUGUCUCUAUUCAUAAAGCUAUAAGAAAUGCCACACGUAAACAGCUGGCAGUUCCUGUGCUAUGUGGCAGUGCAUAUAAAAAUGUGGGCAUCCAAUUACUAAUGGAUGCAGUUGUAAAAUAUUUACCUCGACCAGAUGAAAGAAAUUUGCAGUAUGACUGUUUUGGGCAAGAUUUCUGUGGUCGCGUUUUCAAAGUAAUUCAUGAUUCUCAGCGCGGAGGUGCCUUGUGCUUAGUUCGAGUAUUUCGCGGAACUCUACGACGGGGUACCAGACUCGUCACUGCAAGAGUUAGUGGCUCAGAGACAGUAACCAGGCUAUAUGAACCUCUUGCUGAUGAUCUAGUGGAAAUUACAGAAGUGGGGGCUGGAGAUAUCGCUGUGAUUGCGGGGUUGAAGACAUUUAAAACUGGGGAUUUACUUGUUUCAUCUAAUAAUAGCUUGAACAAAGCUAAGAAAAAUUUUGAAACUAUGUUGAACGAUGGAAAAAAAUUCGAAAAUGCGGAAACAGAUUUCAAAUUUGAAGUACCUAUUCCUGAUCCUGUAUUUUUCUGUUCUGCAGAACCACCUAGUUUAGCAAAGGCGGCACAACUGGAAACUGCAAUAUUAGAACUACAAAGAGAGGAUCCUAGCCUUCAUGUAAGGAUUGAUGAAGAAACUGGUCAAACUAUUUUGGGAGGUAUGGGCGAACUACAUUUAGAAGUUAUUGGUGAAAGGAUACGUACAGAGUACAAAGUUGAUGUAGAGCUCGGUACUAUGCACAUUGCCUAUCAUGAAAAACCUAUCAAGAUGACCAGAUAUUUAUAUGAAACUAAUAAAGUGAUUGGAAAUUCAAAGCAAUCUGUAAAAAUUGACAUGAGCCUUGGUCCAGCAACUGAAAAAUGUUUUGGUUUUCGAUUAGAUAGAGAUCCUGAUAAUGCAGAAUUAUUGGCGGCGAUUCACCAAAAAUUUAAGGACGCUGCGAAACGAGGCGCUGAAAGCUCUUUGAUGAGAGGACCACUGCUGAAUUCAAAAGUUGUUGAAACCGCAAUAAUUUUACAUGGGUUAGAAAUUGCAAGGGGCACAACUGAUACUUUUGUCAUAGCAGCCGCAUCGCAAUGUGUACAAAAGCUAUUGAAUCAAGGUGGGUGUGAACUUUUAGAGCCACUUAUGUUUGUAGAAAUAACAUUACCUGAGGAAAAACUUUCUUCAGUUAUGGCUGAUUUAUCUAAUAGGAGGGCCACAAUACGCAAUGUCGUCAAUAGAGGUCAACAAAAGAGUUUAGAUGCUAUUGUGCCAUUAAGUGAGAUGCUAGGAUAUGCUAAAAUUUUGAGAACAAUGAGUUCUGGCCAAGCGUUUUUCACAAUGCAACCGCAUGGAUACAGCCCAAUGAAUCCCAGAGAUCAAGAGAUUGCUAUAAGAAAAGCAAAUGGUUUGUGAAAUUAUAAUUCACUUACAAUAGGUAAAUUUA